AUGGCUUCAUCGAGCAUCAACACGAACGGUGCCAUCUUGGCGCACCUGGCGCAUGCGCUCGCACGCAUCUCGCGCAUCCCGCCACGCGUGAUCGCCAGCCCGCCUACGCAACCGCGCCGCGCAUCGGUGGCCAUCCUCGUCCGCGUACGCCCCACGCCCGAGGACGAAGCAUGGCUCGCGCAGCACUACGAUCCAGAGGGUCAGCAUCCCGUUGGCGCUCCUGCGCAACCUGGCACUGCCGAUCCGAGCGCGAGCCAGGAGAUGGCCCAGUCGGGCGUGCAUGUCUCGCAGGCCUCGCUAGGCCAUGCCUCGAUGGCGUCGAGCGUGGGGUCAGUCGACCUGUCGACGACGCUCCACACCUUCUUCGAGCAGCCGUGGGUGCAGCGCGGCACGCCCGAGAUCCUGUACAUCAAGCGCGCCGCGCGCAUCGGCGAUAACUGGUCCGCCCACGUAGCCUUCCCCGGCGGGCGAAAAGAGGAGGGCGACGAGAACGGCCUGUACACGGCCAUGCGCGAGACAUGGGAAGAGGUGGGCAUCGAUCUCGCCGAGAAGGAGUUUGCCUGCGUCGGACAGCUCGAUGACCGCGAGAUCACCACGAGUCUGGGUAAGCGUCUGCUCAUGGUUCUCUCGCCGUACGUCUUCGUGCAGACCUCGCCGUUCAGCCCGAUGCCCGACUUGCAGCCCAGCGAGGUGGCUUCGGCACACUGGAUCCCGAUCUCGCUGCUGUAUACGCCCAAGCCCAAGUGGGGCACCACCUCGGUGGACAUCAGCAGCAGGCUCGCGCCCAAGUCGCCGCUCGUGCGCUGGGUGCUCCGCGCCCUCGUAGGCAAGAUGGACUUCAAGUGCAUCUUGCUUCCUAACGAGCCCGUGGCCGUGGCCGAGUCGGAUGAAAACGAGGACGACGCGCAUCUGUACGCCGACUCUUCGAUGGGCGACAAGCCAGGCGUGCACAUUGCACGCAUGGAAGAGGGCGCCGUCCGACCCGAGCUCCGGCUCUGGGGCUUGACGCUCGGCAUGACGCUCGACCUGCUCUCGCACAUGACCACGUUUCAAAGCAGCUCGUCCUUUCGCUCUGGUGGGCCUACCACCCCGGCUGCUGAGUCGUCAACGUCGUCACCGCAGCGCGACUGGGCGUCGCGCCCGUCCGUGCCGCCGCUGCAGAACACAUCGAGCUCGAUGCCGAGUGCGGCCGAGCUCGUGUCGUCGCCGCUGGCGUCGGCGAACCGCGUGAUCGCACGUGUGCGCGACGAGUUCCACCUCAACCCGCCGCCGGCCUCGCACGCACUCGCACCCAGCCUCACCUCGGUCUUCCCGCGCUUUUCCUACCCGGACGUCAACUUCUGGAUCUGGUUCUUUGGCUGGCGCUACCGCAGCGUCGUCCGCGGCUGGGAGUCGAGCGUCGGCACCCGCAUCGAGCGCAAGUUCAACUGGUCCGGCAUGGCGCUUGGCGCAUUCUACUCUGCCGUACGCAGGGCGCUUGUGGUGGCAGUUAUCCUCAGGGCGCUCGGCAUGCUUUCCGCAGCGAGCAUCACCACCUGGCUCGUGGGCAGGAAGGUCAACCGGUCUCGAAAGGGGCUUCCUGGCCUCGGCCUCGACGAGCUCCUCGCAUAG